CCCCCCCCCUUAAAAACCAUUCAUUUCCUUUCCUUCUCAGGCCACCCUCUCCAUCCUUCCCCAGUAAACCCGCCAAAAUUCCCUCUUAAAUUCUCUCGACACGCAGAAGAUUUGGUGUGGAUUGAUUAGGUGUAUCUGAUUUGGAUAUGCAUUCGAUUCAUACCAUCCUUUAUUCUCAAAUUUAGACGCUCGCAUUAAUCUCAUGCAACGAAUGCUUUUGAGGUUCAAAGUAAAUAUUCAAUGUCUUCCUCUAGGCAAGCAUCCAUAAAAGAGUGAAAGGGGGGGGUGGCACCUCCUUUGUUCCAUCUUACAAACAGUAUCCAUAAGAAUGCCCCCAGUCUUGUAUGACAGGAGGAGGGAGACAGAAGGCCAUGAUAUCAUCAUCAUCAUCUCCAGGGUCCUCUCCUCCAUUCUCAUGACACCAUUCAUUCCAUGGGUUCUUCUCCUCCUCCUCCUCCAUCGCCCGGUGGCCGCCCGAGCCGCAUUCGAUUACCGGGAUGCUCUCUCCAAGAGCCUGCUCUACUUCGAGGCCCAGCGCUCCGGCCACCUCCCCUACAACCAGCGCAUCUCCUGGCGCGGCCACUCCGGUCUCACAGAUGGGCUCGAACAAGGAGUCGAUUUGGUGGGAGGCUACUACGAUGCCGGCGAUAACGUAAAGUUCGGCCUGCCGAUGGCUUUCACGAUCACAAUGCUGUCAUGGAGCGUCAUGGAGUACGGCGAAGAGAUCGCCGCCGCCGGGGAGAUCGAGCACGCUAUGGAGGCGAUCAAAUGGGGGACGGAUUACUUCAUCAAAGCCCACACCCAGCCCAAUGUCCUCUGGAUCCAGGUGGGUGAUGGCGACACCGACCACUACUGCUGGCAAAGGCCGGAGGACAUGACCACGUCGAGAAAAGCCUACAAGAUCGACGCCGAGAAUCCCGGGUCGGAAGUCGCAGGGGAGACGGCGGCCGCCAUGGCGGCAGCGUCCAUCGUGUUCAGAACAUCCAAUCCACGUUAUUCCCACCUCUUGUUGCAUCAUGCCCGGCAGUUGUUUGAAUUCGGGGAUAAGUAUCCUGGGAGGUACGACAGGAGCGUCGGGGUGGCGAAGAAUUACUACCCGUCGGUGAGCGGAUACGGCGACGAGCUGCUGUGGGCGGCGCUGUGGCUCCACCGGGCGACGGGGCGAGAGGAAUAUCUGGAAUACGUGGUGAAUAACGCGCUCCGGUUAGGCGGUGCCUCAUGGGCCAUAUCCGAGUUUAGCUGGGAUAUCAAAUACGCCGGCCUCCAGGUCUUGGCUUCCAAGCUGCUGAUGGAAGAAGGUGCAAGUCUCCAAGAGAAACACAGAAGCACGCUGGAGCAAUACAGAUCGAAGGCCGAGCACUACUUGUGCUCCUGCCUGAACAAGAACAAAAACGGCGGCAACGUCCGGCGCACACCAGGCGGCCUCCUCUACGUCCGGCAGUGGAACAACAUGCAGUACGUCACAGGCGCCACCUUCCUCCUCACGGCCUUCUCCGACUACUUGGCCAGCUCCGGCGAGGUGCUCCAUUGCCCCCAAGGCACAUUGGGACCUGAAGAACUCCUCUCCUUGGCCAAGUCGCAGGUGGACUACAUCCUGGGCGCCAACCCCAUGGGCAUGAGCUACCUGGUGGGCUUCGGACCCAAGUUUCCAGCGAGGGUGCACCACCGGGCAGCGUCUAGCAUCUCCUACAAGGAGCACAAGGCCUUCAUCGGUUGCACGCAGGGGUACGACACCUGGUUCGGUCGGCAGAAGGAGAAUCCGAACGUCCUCGUCGGGGCCGUCGUCGGCGGCCCCGACGCCAAGGAUGUGUUCAGGGACGCCAGAGGGAAUUACAUGCAGACCGAGGCAUGUACAUACAACACGGCGACGCUGGUGGGAGUGUUUGCCAAGUUUGAUCGGUUGGAAGCGCAGCCUCAAAUUUCCUCUUUGCUAGGAUUAGGCAGCAGAUUACAUGUGAGAAUGAUGAAAGGAGCAUAAAUUAUUUACUUCUUUUUUUUUUUCUUCCCCUUAUAGAGUGUUAUUGUUACCAUGGUAUAUAUAGAGGUCAAGAUGAUAUAUAUGAGUAUAUCAUAUAGGAAAAGAAAGGAAAAGAAAGAAAGGAGCGAAGCAAGCUUCAGAGAUUCUUUUUGUAAUUAUUUACUCCCCCAAAAAGAAGUUUUUUAGUUCAUUCUUUCUAUAUA